AUGUCCGAAGACACGUCUUCAUCCUCUGCAGUCAGCAGAACCUCGAACACGCUUGAGUAUGACCCGCUCGGGUUAGCGUCUGCGCUGAACCUAUCGGGCGAUCAACGGCGAGCGGCAACCGAAAUAUGGGAACUCUGGAAAGGCAAUCCACGCAAGUGUGUGGCCGCAUAUCGUACCAUCAUUGCGCACCAGCAGAUGUUGGCCAACACCGUAGACACGCGAUCACAUAUCGAAGAGCAGUUUCGCACAAUCGCGUCGCAGAUGAAUCUAGUCAUGCAAGCCGAUCAAUUGGGCGCCGGUGCCUGGAGUCUACUGAUCCAGGACGGAUUGCACUCACUAUAUCUGGAUGCGUUGCUGCUGAAUGUCGUCUGGGAGAGCGAGUCAGAGGAGACCAAGGUACUACGUUCAGACCUACUGGGUGGCCUGGCGCAUUGUAUACCUCACACCGAAAAGUAUCCGGAUGCGGCCGACGAUAUAUUACGUCGUGCCCCUUCUCUCCUCAAGAUUAUAUGGCAACAUCGCGAUCAACUCGACCUGCGGACGCUGGAUAUACACGGGUUUGAGAGGGUUUGGAAGGCAAUGCCAGAGCAAGACAUAGUCGAAGUUCUGCAUGCGUUUUACGCACUAUAUCUCAAGAGACACGCCGACCAACCUGGCCCAGAAACGUAUCUACCGCAGCUUGGGAUCUACUUCUGGACGAGAAUCAACUGGCGAGGGGAACUCGUGAUUCACCUAGUCAAACUUCUCAGAUUCCUCACCAAAGUCACGCCGCAUCCGCUCGCAGAGAGGGAGACGUUCGCCCGUGAUAUCCUGGUGAAGGUUGUAGGCGCCGACAAGUUCAUUGAACGCGCGGACAAGGACAUGCAGAUAGAGGAUUAUCCUGAUGAUUUAACCAGGACAAUUGUUUGGCUUCUCGUGAACCUCAACGAAACGCGUUGCCUACAGAUUUAUUUUGAUGCCAACUCUCCCUUACCGUAUGCUAUCGCUGCAUCUACCCGUUCCGUCGCAAAUCCCAGAACAACGCCUGUUCUGCGUGCUGCAGUCUUUACUGGCACUCUCAUGAUGUUCAUACACGACACUGACAAGACAAGGAGAUAUCGUGGCCACAAUGCUUUCGAGCUCUUGACGUGUGCCAUUGAUUUAUCGCUCGUGCCUGAUGAUGUAUCCGGCCUCAAUGAUGGCGACCACAAGAGUAUCAUAGGCGUCGUGAACAACCUCGCCGGCUUCAUAAUGACCUUGCGACGGCGGCCCACCCUCGACGCGCCACGAUACCUAGAGGAGCUUGAAGAUGCUGCACGACUCUUUUGGUGGCCCAAUCUCAAUCGCCUCAGGAUAGCACAACUACGCUCAGGAGCCAACGAACAGCAAAAAGAACUCAUCCAGUGGUGGAUCCGUCUGGGCAAGAGUCUCAGGCUCUCGGAAGAACAGGAGCGCACUCGCCUCCAGAGUAAGGCUGAACGCCACUGUUCGUGGCAAGAGUGUGAAUUUUCGAUGACCAAAAAAGAGUCCCGUGCGGGUUUGAAGAAGUGCGCUGGUUGCUCGCAAGCGCAAUAUUGUGACAGAGAAUGCCAGAUGAAUGACUGGAGCAAGGGUGGCCACAAGAAGAUCUGUAAGAGACUCCGGAAGUAG